UAUACGUAUACAUAUAUACUUUUUUCACAUAUUCCCUAUAAUGGUCUAUACGGGGAGGCUCCUCCGGAAAGGAGUACCUUCGUAGAGUACACCCCUCCCCCUUCCCGCGCGUUUAAUCGGCUCUGCGCUCUUGCGUUGAAUGCUGCAUUGUGUGACUGGCGUUACUUUUCCUUUGUGGUCGCACGGGUCACGAAAUCGUGACCACCAAGUACGUUCUGGCCAGCGGUAUUUCUGUUGACUAGUAUAAUACACGAUCAUUCUUGUCGAUUGAAAUAAUUUUUGUUCAGGGAAAUGCCAUCCAGUGCAAGCUCACUUUCUUUCGUGGAGAAAGAACCGUGCCCGCUGCAAGCCAGGAUACAUGGUCAAAUUGACGAACACGGAUCAAAAUGUAACGAUUCCGCAGUCAGUACAUUCAGCGUGGGCCUUCGAGUUGUCCGUGGAACUGAAUGGCCAUCGAAGGAUAAUGACAGUGAUGGCGGAGAAGGAAAUGUAGGAACAGUUGUUCAAUUGGGAAGCAAUGUUUCCAGUGUUGCUGAGAACACGGCAGCGAUUCAGUGGGACAUCGGAACUCGUGCAGUUUACGUAGCAGGUCACCAUGGACAAUAUGAUCUUUGUGUUCUGGAUAACUCUUCCGUUGGUAUAAAGCAUCCAGGUUUUAACUGCUGCGCCUGCAUGCAAGAACCUAUAAUGGGAAUGCGUUGGAAGUGCUUGGAUUGCAAGGAUUCCUUCAUCAACCUGUGUACAUCAUGUUACAUGGCUGAUGAACACAAUACAAGCCACGCUUUCGAAAGAUUUGAUGGUCCAUGCGACGGUGGAGUUCCCGUAGAAAGAAGGAGUAUCACGGGGAAGAUUCAAGCACGAGGGAUUUUUCCAGGCGCAAAGGUCUCAAGAGGUCCAGACUGGGAAGAUGGUGACCAUGAUGACGGAACGUUUGGUGAGGUGACGGAAAUAACCAACUGGCAAGGAAACCCAGCGAGUGCAGCUGAUGUCUCAUGGGAGUCUGGUACCAAGGGCACAUACAGGCUAGGUUACCAAGGAAAGGUGGACUUGAGGUGUGUAAAUGCAGGUUCUGGGGGUCACUUCUACAAAUCACAUUUGCCAAGGCUUGGACCCUCUCAACAGAUAUCGGACAGCAGAGAACAAAGCACAGAGGAGUCACCAAGUUUCUCGUCAAUAACUGAUGAAGGAAUACAUCGGUUUCUUCCUCGUGUGACAGAUCACGAUCGUAACACUUGCCCCUUGAGCAUAACACCUGUCGCAGGAAGUGAUGAUGUUACUUCGCCAGAUUCCCAGGUAAAGCUCUCCAAUAGUCCGUGGAAAAAGAGGGCUGAAGAGACAAAGCGGACGAGGCAGUCACUACACAGAGCUUCCAUUGAUGGAAAAUGGAACAUAGUCAAGAUGCUUCUAAAAGAUGGAGAAGAUGUGGACCAGAGAGACAAGUUUUCAUUGACGCCCCUUCACCUAGCAACCUGGUAUGGACAGGAGUCUGUUGUCAAACUGUUAUUACAGCACGGUGCAGAUGUCAAUGCUGUGGACAGAUUUCAGAAGACACCUCUUCAAAAGGCUGAACGUCACAACCACCAUUCUAUAGUGCAGCUACUUCUUAGCUUUGGUGCAGCUCCAAAAUAUCAACAGCCGCUCAGUCUUCAGUCGCUUUCAAAGCUGGCUUUCUUAGCGAUUGACCAGAGGUCUGGCUUCAACAUGCUACACGCCGCUGUUUACGAGGGAGAUUACGACAAAGUGGUAGCUGCCAGUGUAUACAUGGACAACUUUUUACAAGAAAUGGAUACGUUAUCAACUCUAGAUAACGCGACGAUUUUUCCUGCAACAACCGCUAGUGACAUUCUUGCUGAUUUGAACAAAAAAGGCCAUGACAACAUAAAACAGCUGUGCAGAGAACAUGCCGAGAAAGUUGCCACCUUAACAGAGUUGCACAAAUGUUCUGACAGCAAUGAUGCUGAAAUGGCGGUUGAACUGGUUUUCCAUCACGGUACUGAUGUAAACAUCACGGCAAAUGGUAAUCGAACACCUCUGCUGUGGGCCAGCUUACGAUCCUCCGCUGUGUUUUUCAAGACCCUCAUUGAUCUUGGAGCUGACCCAAAUUUCCAAAGGAAAGAUCAGUGCACGCCACUAAUAAUGGCUUCUUACUGGAAUAACUACAUGGCUGCCCGCCUUCUCACUGAGACAGGAGUGGAUGUAGACGUUCAAUGUGAUUCAAGUAACGCAGCAUUGCAUGUCUCAGCUAUGAAAGGAUUUCUUAAUAUUUCAAAGCUUUUGACAGAGUCAGGAUGUGGCGUGAACUUGCAGAACAACAGCGGUAAAACUCCACUUCAUCUGGCAGUUCAAAAUGGACACAAUCACGUAGUGAAAGUUUUGCUGGAGAGCAAUGCUGAUGUUAGCAUCCGCAACAAGCACGACCCAAAAGAACGAUUAUUCCUUGUUCGUGGAAAGGACAGAAGUAAUCCAGCCUGGCACUAUGUCAUGGUGGAGAAAUGUUUAUUGGGUUUGUUCCGUAAACGGACAAACGGAGGACAACUUGAUGUAGCAGACUUCGGAAUCGUUCUUGCAUCAGGAUGGGGUGAGAAUCCUCCAGAGGAUAAAGCGGCAGAAAUUUUAGACAAAUCAGUCGAGUUUGGGAAGGAAGUUAAAGGUAAGACACCUUUACAUGUCGCCUGCGAAAUCCGAGUUGAAAACCUUGAGAUUAUUGAGCUUCUUGUUAAGUAUGGCGCAGACAUAGAUACUCGUGACGGAGAUGGCUACACAGCCCUGCAAAUGGCGGCCAUUCAUGGUAAGAUGCAAAUUGUCAAGAAGCUCGUUGAGCUUAACGCUGACGUCAACUUAACCACAAACGAUGGGAAAGAUGCCGCUGACCUAGCUCAACUAAAUGAAGAAACUGACAUAGCAGAGUGUCUCAAGUUAAAAAGAAGUUCUCUCAGAAAGCUCUGGAAUACAUUUAUCAGAAGGCAGUGAAACAGAUAAACGGCCUUAGCAAUGUAUGGCUGAUACAUUGAUACACUGAUACAUUCACUGAUACAUUUUACUUACAAACUGGUGCUGCAAGAAUGAAUGUAAAUACAAGAACUGUUGCUUUUAAACUAAAGAAAAACAAACAAAAGAAUAGAAAACCAAGAAGGAUGCAGGCUGAAAUGGCCUCGGACAGUAUGUACAAGUGUAUAUAUUAAAACGGGUUGCUUUGGGA